AGAAACUGAUCAGAGAAGAAGAUAAAAAUGGCGGCAGAGAAAAUAGAGACAGUGGUCGCAGGGAAUUACUUGGAAAUGGAGAGAGAAGAAGAAAACAUGAGUGGUAACAAUAAAUCUUCCGCUAAAACAAAACUUUCCAACUUCUUCUGGCAUGGAGGUUCUGUCUACGAUGCUUGGUUCAGCUGUGCUUCAAAUCAGGUGGCACAAGUUCUGUUGACAUUACCGUACUCGUUCUCACAACUUGGGAUGGUGUCGGGAAUUUUGUUUCAACUCUUUUAUGGACUAAUGGGAAGUUGGACUGCUUAUCUCAUUAGUGUUCUUUAUGUUGAAUAUCGAACUCGUAAAGAACGAGAAAAAUUCGAUUUCCGUAAUCACGUUAUUCAGUGGUUUGAGGUGUUAGAUGGAUUGUUGGGGAAACAUUGGAGGAACCUUGGAUUGAUCUUUAACUGCACUUUUCUUCUCUUUGGAUCCGUUAUUCAGCUCAUUGCUUGUGCUAGCAAUAUAUAUUAUAUUAAUGACAAAUUGGACAAGAGGACAUGGACAUACAUAUUUGGGGCGUGUUGUGCAACAACUGUUUUUAUUCCUUCCUUCCACAAUUAUAGAAUUUGGUCAUUCCUCGGACUCGCUAUGACCACUUACACUUCUUGGUAUCUCACUAUUGCUUCACUCCUUCAUGGACAGGCUGAGGAUGUUAAACACUCGGGUCCAACCACCAUGGUGCUUUACUUCACCGGAGCCACCAACAUUCUCUACACAUUCGGUGGCCACGCCGUCACAGUGGAGAUAAUGCACGCUAUGUGGAAACCACAAAAGUUCAAGGCGAUAUAUCUACUAGCGACAAUAUACGUAUUAACGCUAACGCUACCAUCCGCGUCUGCGGUUUAUUGGGCGUUUGGCGAUAAGCUACUAACUCAUUCCAAUGCGCUCUCUCUUCUCCCUAAGACUGGUUUUAGAGAUACCGCAGUGAUCCUCAUGCUCAUUCAUCAAUUUAUAACAUUCGGAUUUGCGUCUACACCGUUAUAUUUUGUGUGGGAGAAAUUGAUAGGUGUGCAUGAGACGAAGAGCAUGUUCAAAAGAGCCAUGGCUAGAUUACCCGUGGUUGUACCCAUAUGGUUCUUAGCCAUUAUCUUCCCCUUUUUCGGACCAAUCAAUUCCGCGGUUGGAUCUCUCUUAGUUAGCUUCACUGUCUACAUCAUCCCCGCAUUGGCUCAUAUGCUUACCUUUGCUCCUGCUCCUUCAAGAGAGAACGCGGUGGAGAGACCGCCGCGAGUGGUAGGAGGAUGGCUUGGGACUUAUUGCAUAAACAUAUUCGUGGUGGUUUGGGUAUUCGUAGUUGGGUUCGGGUUCGGAGGAUGGGCAAGUAUGGUCAACUUUGUUCGCCAGAUCGACACUUUUGGUCUCUUUACUAAAUGCUACCAAUGCCCUCCUCACAAGCCAUGAUAUACAAAUUUGCCAUUCAAGACCUUCUAGAAAGAGAGUUUCAUCUGAGGGGGUUUUGUUUUCGAGAUCUAAUACAUAUAAGUUAUUAUA